CAGCGUAACAGCGCUGGCCUUACGCCGUGGACUCGCGCAGACGACGCCACUACGACGGGAGGGAGAGAUCAAGAAAGCAGCCGCCAGAGCGUCCGUGCAGGGUGGGUAAGCCAGCGGCGCGCCUAGGGGCAGCCAGUGCGUCUGGAGCCAGGGGCAGCACUAUGGGGUUACCGCACCGCGUCCUGCUCGCGGCCACGGCCUCCUCCUUGAUCCACCAAAGCCAUCAAACGCUAGCCACCUGCAACGCCGAAUGUAAAUUAUCGAGAAAGGAGGGCUGGUGUCCGGUCCGCGACGGCCCUUUACAAAUCUUCGACGGCUUCGACGGGAACGACGUCGUCUUCGACCUGGAGUACAUGACGAUGAUGUUCACGCCCUGCAACAACUCGAACCACAGUCGCAUGUCCUACCAGUGGUUUGCGACGGAAGGUGAGGGCUACUCGGUGAAGGGCGACAUCAUCUGUGAUAGGGGGCCGAAGCCGCCGAGAGACCAGGCCUGCAUCGACGCGGCGACAUUACCUGAUGAUCCGUCCGCUGCUGAUGCUUUUGAGGUUCCAGUCAAUCCAGAUGAGACGGGCACGAUCUACAUCGAGCCGGAAGGGCCGGCGUACAUCGAUUCCAACGUGCCCGCCGGUACUGCCGGUCGAGGCGAAUGCGCCGGUAGGCCGUUCUCGAAGUGUGCCAAGACCUCGAAGUACUUUGACUUUUAUGGGCAUAAGAUCAACAGAUUAAGGUUGUAUGGCUAUGGCGCCAUUGGUUUUAAAGCCGUCUCGUAUCCAUCACUCUCAGUGUAUAGAGCCGACGAAGAAACGUACUCGGGGAGAUUACCCACAGCUUGGGAUGAUGUCAAUCAAUUUAUGUAUGAUGAACGGUUUAUCGGCGACCAAAGAAGGGUAGGCGGCGAGUGGAAGGGCGGGUCAGGCUUCUGGAUUAGAGAUGCGGCCUGUGUCUUGUGUGUCGACAACAUGCCCGCCAAUAAAACUAUAUUCAAGAUGCAGUACAUUUCUGAAUCACUAAGAGGUACUCCUGAAGAAAGAAUAGUGAUUAGUUUCAAGCAGCCCGACGGCUCGAAGGAAUAUCAAAUUGCCUUAUACAUCCAAACGGGCCAGAUACGCAUGUCCUGGCUGGACAUCGGCGACUGGGCGACGAAGAACAAAACCAUAGUUGGUCUGUCGCACGGCCUCACGCCGUGGUGGGAGGCGAACGCGUAUGAUGGACUCGAUCUGUCGUCGUCGAUCGGGUGUAUUGAUAACGCGAACUGCACCGUCAUUGAUGAGAUUCGGAGACCGUACGGCCCCACGCGACCGACGACAACCCUACCGCACCCGCACGUCGGCGCGCCCGUCGGCAACCCGGCCUACGCGGGCUUCUGCGAGUUCGGCUGCGCGGCGUUCUAUUUCAACCGGACCGUAGCGGGCUGUCGCAAGGUGUGCCAGGAUACGUAUACCUACGACGUGACGCCGGGCUACUCGGAUCGAGCAGAAGUGGCGCGCUUCGAGUGCUACGACGGGUGUUCGAUAGGCAACUUGCGGUGCCAACCGGGAUCUUAUUGUCAACACGAGAUCAUGCACCGCUGCCCGCCGGGCAAGUACCGGGACGUCGACUACCACCACGUGACCAGAUGCGACAACUGCCCCCACGGGCGGUUUAGGGAGGACGAAGGUGGUAGGUUUAUGGAGUCUUGUGUGAAAUGCGAGCCCGGCCGGUUCAACGUGAAUGUUGGAAGUGCCUCGAAGUUCGACUGUUUGCGCUGUCCUCCUGGUAGAUUUGCGAACGAGCCGGGCAUGAAGCAGUGCAAGUGCAUGAACCAGUACGACGGUUAUUUUGAAGUGAACCUGAACAACACGAGAGUGUACGGGCCUUGCCAGCCCGAGACGCACCUGGAUACCGUUAUUAGACCGCGCAUCGUGACGAUCGACUGGGCGCCGCGGACGACGUACCCGUAAGUAUGUCUACUAAA